CCUCCUCGCCCGCUCCGGCGGCGGCGGCGGCAACGGCGACGGCAAGAUGGCGGCUUCCAUGCUGAAGUGGAAGCGCGUCUCGGGCUCGAGCGGCCCGGUGCCCCGUCCCCGCCACGGACACCGCGCCGUCGCCAUCAAGGAGCUGAUGGUCGUCUUCGGCGGCGGCAACGAGGGCAUCGUCGACGAGCUGCACGUUUACAACACAGCCACCAACCAGUGGUUCAUCCCCGCCGUGCGAGGAGAUAUCCCGCCCGGGUGCGCAGCUUACGGGUUCGUGUGUGACGGGACCCGGUUGCUGGUGUUCGGUGGCAUGGUGGAGUACGGAAAAUACAGCAACGACCUCUACGAACUGCAGGCCAGCCGGUGGGAGUGGAAGAAACUCAAGCCCAAACCCCCCAAGAACGGCUCGCUGCCCUGCCCCCGCCUCGGCCACAGCUUCUCCCUGGUGGACAACAAGUGUUACCUCUUCGGGGGUCUGGCCAACGACAGCGAGGACCCCAAGAACAACAUCCCGCGUUAUUUGAACGACGUCUACAUCUUGGAGCUGCGUCCAGGGUCGGGGGUGCUCUGCUGGGACAACCCCAUCACCUACGGGGUGCUUCCCCCUCCUCGCGAAUCCCACACCGCCAUCAUCUACACCGACGCCGACCAGAAGACGUCCCGGCUGGUCAUCUACGGCGGCAUGAGCGGCUGCCGGCUCGGUGACCUCUGGACCCUGGACAUCGACACCCUGACGUGGAACAAGCCCAACGUGAACGGCGUCUCUCCCCUCCCCCGCAGCCUGCACUCCGCCACCACCAUCGGCAACAAGAUGUACGUGUUUGGUGGCUGGGUGCCGCUGGUGAUGGAUGACGUCAAGGUGGCAACGCACGAGAAGGAGUGGAAGUGUACCAACACCCUGGCCAGCCUCAAUCUGGAUACGAUGACCUGGGAGCCGGUGGUGAUGGAGGCGCAGGAGGACAAUCUGCCGCGGGCCCGUGCCGGGCACUGCUCCGUCCCCGUCACCUCCCGCCUCUACAUCUGGAGCGGCAGAGACGGGUACCGCAAGGCCUGGAAUAAUCAGGUGUGCUGUAAGGAUCUCUGGUACCUGGAGACAGGUAGGCUGCACCUGGCAUCUGCUUGGCAACGCGCUAUCCACCCCUUCUCUGUCUCUCCGUCUCUCUCUCCGUCUCUCUCUCCGUCUCUCUCUCCGUCUCUCCUGCAGCGCUACGACCUCCCUCCCGGCCUCGGCCUCGCCGGCGCCGUCCCUGGCCGCCGCCGCCGCUGUCCCAGACCCCUGGCGGCCCUGCCCCCCGGGAGGCCCCGCAGCCCGGCACCAGCCAGCGCCGCCCCCCCCCCACCCCACCCACCGCCCCCACCUCGCUGGCCACCGCCGCCGGCCCACUCGCUCAUCCACGGGCUCCGCUGGCCCCUGCUCCACUACUCACUCCGACUCUACUGGGAGGCACCAUCGCCAUGGCAGCACGAGCUGUCGGGCUCCACUCAGAUGAGUGGGAUGGCAGCCCUGGCAGCCGCUGCUGCUGCCACACAGAAGAUCUCAUCCACCACCGCGGGUGGGGCCCUGAUCAAAACAGUGGCCGUGGCCCCCGGCUCCACACUCCCCACCACCGUCAAGAUGUCCUCUCUUCACCCAUCAUGCCCCGCUGCCGUUGACGGUGCCGGUGGAUUGGUCGUUGUCCCGUGUCGGCCGCAGCUAACCUGUGCUUGUGCUUCCCGUGGUUUCGGCGGGGUGGGGGCGCAGACCAAGGGACCCCUGCCGCCGGGAGCCACCAUCCUGAAGCUGGUGACGUCGGCCGACGGCAAGCCGGCCACCAUCAUCACCACCACCACCCAGGCGGGGGGCGGCGUGGGCAUCGGCGGCGGCGGCGGUGGCAACACGGCCAUGAGCAAGCCCACCUUCCUCGGCAUCACCGGCGGCUCCAAGCCUGGCACCACCACCAUCAUCAAGACCAUCCCUGUCUCCGCACUCAUGUCACAGCAGGGGGCCACAGUGACCGGCAACACCGGCAUGAAGUCACCCAUCACCAUCUUCACCACCAAGGUGAUGACGUCGGGCACCGGGACUCCGGCCAAGAUCAUCACCGGCAUGCCCAAGAUCACCGGCGGUGUGGGCCAGCAAGGGUUGACCCAGGUGCUGCUGAAGGGGGCACCGGGACUUCCCAACACAAUCCUACGCACCGUGCCAGUCAGCGGCAUGAGGCUCGUCACCCCCGUCACCGUAUCUGCCGUCAAGCCUGCCGUCACCACCCUGGUGGUGAAGGGGUCUACAG